AUGUCUUCAUCCAAGACUCCAAUUUAUUUCCUUAGCCAUGGCGGGCCAAACGUCAUGUACGAAGUCGAACACCCAGCCUACAAAAAGCUAGCUCAAAUCGGCCGAGAAAUUACCACCAAGGUUCAGCCCCGUGCCGUGGUUGUUUUCUCGGCGCAUUGGCAGGCGGCGAGGGAUACUAUCCAUGUUAAUACUGCUGAGAGUACGGACUUGAUCUAUGAUUUCUACGGAUUCCCCAGCCAUUACUACAAGGAGAAGUACCCGAAUGUUGGCAGCAAGCAAGUCGCGAAUCAAGUUCUCGAUUCACUCAAGGAGGCCGGUAUCAAGGCGGAGGGCGUGAAACGCGGUCUUGAUCACGGUGUUUGGGCUAGUUUCAAAUGUGGUAUGUGUUCAUUCCAUCACCUUAUCCUGCCAUCCAUGGACGCCCAGAUGUAUACCACCGAUAUUAGUAAGACCAGCCAAGUUAACCAGGAUAUCAACACAGCCUUCGAGCCAGACACAAACCCUCUCAACGUCCCAAUUGUGCAAGUCUCCCUCUUCGAAACAGAAGACCCAGACCAGCACUACCGCCUAGGACAGGCAGUAUCCCGCCUCCGCGAAGAUAACAUCCUGAUUAUUGUAUCGGGAAUGGCAGUGCACAAUCUUCGCGAUCUGCGGUAUACAUUCAGGAACCCGAAGCCAAUGCCGUACGCUGUUAGCUUUGACGAGGCGCUCAAGGAUGCUGUGACUACCGCACCUGCUGAGAGGCAGAAGGCUAUGGCUGAGCUGUUGAAGCGUCCUGAUGCGCGCCAGGCUCAUCCCUCAUUCGAGCAUUUGCUUCCUAUUCAUAUUGGGGCUGGUGCUGCCGGUGAGGACCGUGGAAAGAGACUGUGGACUUAUCCGGAGGGUAGUAUGAGUUGGGCGCAGUAUCGGUUUGGGACAAUUGAGAAGGCUAGUUCGUUAUAG